ACUUUGAAAAACUUUCACACGUACAUGUUACCCUGCACCCACCAUGGCUGCCACCAUCAUAACCACCGCAACCACCACACCCUGCAGAGACGAACCCGACUACGACAGCAGCUCCUCGUCGAUCACCGUGCCGGAAUCAAGCCGGAGCUGGAUGACAAACCUCAGCUUUGGUAGCCGCCGGCGCCGGAGCUCCGUCUCCGUUUGUUCCUCCACCACAGACACGUCUUCGUUCCUGGGUUCACACGCCAAGCCCCACAAGGCCAACCAAGCUGCAUGGGAGGCCAUGCGGCGGCUCCGCCGCGACAAGGGGCAGGUUGGCCUCGACCACUUCAGGCUCCUGCGGCGGCUCGGAAGCGGUGACAUAGGGAACGUUUACCUUUGCCAGAUAAGGAACCCUCUUGUGGGGUUGCCACAGUGCUUCUAUGCCAUGAAAGUUGUGGACAGAGAAGCACUUUCUAUAAGGAAGAAACUACAGAGAGCAGAGAUGGAGAAGGAGAUUUUAGCCAUGCUUGAUCACCCUUUCUUGCCCACUUUGUACACUGAGUUCGACGCUUCUCAUUAUUCUUGCUUGGUCAUGGAGUUUUGUCCCGGUGGUGACUUGUAUGCUGCUCGCCAACGCCAACCUGGGAAGCGGUUUUCCAUAUCAUCCACUAAGUUUUAUGCAGCUGAGACACUCUUGGCAUUAGAGUAUCUUCACAUGAUGGGCAUAGUGUAUAGGGAUUUGAAGCCAGAGAAUGUGCUUGUGAGAGAGGAUGGACACAUUAUGCUUUCAGAUUUUGAUCUUUCACUGAAAUGUGACGUUGUUCCGAAGCUGUUAAAGAGUAAGACUAGAUUGGAACGCAGUAUCAAGAGUACAAAGAGAUCUGCACCUGCCUGCACUGCCCCCAUGCAGCCUGUGCUAUCUUGUUUCUCAGCAUCAAGCAAGAAAAAGAAACCCACUGUAACAACGGUUAUAAGGGAAAAUGUUGAAGUUCAAGAACUUGAUCCGGAGCUGGUGGCAGAACCAAUUGAUGCUAAGUCAAAGUCAUUUGUAGGGACACAUGAGUACUUGGCACCAGAAGUUAUUUUGGGACAAGGACAUGGGAGUGCAGUGGAUUGGUGGACAUUUGGGGUGUUCUUGUAUGAGAUGUUAUAUGGGAGGACACCUUUCAAAGGUGAAAAUAAUGAGAAAACUCUUGUAAACAUUUUGAAGCAACCAUUGGCUUUCCCUAGAAUUGCAGUGAGUAGCAGCAAGGAGUUUGAAGAGAUGGUGAAAGUUCAAGACCUUAUAAGCAAGCUGUUAGUGAAGAAUCCAAAUAAGAGAAUUGGAAGCUGCAUGGGUUCUGUUGAGAUCAAAAGACAUGAGUUCUUCAAGGGUGUAAAUUGGGCUUUGAUUAGAUCAGUUAGGCCCCCUGAGGUCCCUACUGAUAUGAACAAGAUUAGGAGUAGGGUUUUGGUACCAAAACUAAGCAAGACAGACAGGGAUCAGCCGUAUCAGCUUAGUGCUCAUCAUUUUGAAUACUUCUAACUGAAAAAAAUGUAAAUAGUUUAGGAAAAAUAGUUUUUUCCAAAAUAUGUGUUUA